AUGGAAACGUUCAAUCUACUGCCGUACUGUGAGACAAACGAUAUAUUUCGCGUUUCAUUUGACUUUUAUACACCAAGACCACAGUUCGUAAUAAUCCCGACGGAAAUUGAAUCAAUUGACCCCGAGUUUUGUGCCAUGAGCGCCGAACAGACUUGUAUUUUGAUCGAUACAGUGAGAUCUGUGAUGUCAUGCUUUCGUAUUCCUGAAGGUAUUUUGUCUAUUCACCGAGGAUCGUGGAAAUCUCGACCAGCUAAGUCGUUUCAUUGCCAUUUAUGUGUGCACGCCGAACGCUAUUUGGAAAUUUUUGAGCGGAAAAAGAAAGGGAUUCCUAACUGGCCCAGUGUUGCUUAUGUAACCAGACAGUGGGGUUGGAAUAAAGAUCCACGGUCUUACGCACAAAACGUCCGAGGAUAUCCGUAUAAGAGCCGUUUCAAGGAGGAUGUCUCGGGCGUUCUAGAGCUAAUCCAAGACUCAUCUCGCAGAGAAUCCCUGGGAACGAGAAUGCCUCAAGACGACGCCUGUUCGCAGGCUACAGACUCUUCCCACCCUUCUCCUAUCCCUUCUCCUCAUAACCCAAAGCCUUCGCCCCAGGCUCUACUUGGAAACUGCCUAACAAAAGUUGUGUAUCAUCCAAGCCACCCUAAAAUUGGGUUUGUAGGCAAGAAAAAUGCAUGUGUUUACGAAUUGCAUGAAAUGUUAUGGGCGAUCGAGAAUUUUGCCAGAGCAUACGGUUUGACAGAUACGGAGACUGAUGACAAGAAUUAUGGCUGCCAUGUUUGUUUGUAUUUCGGCCCAGGUAUAUAGCAGUUUAAAUACAUACGCCCUCAAAAUGGCAACUGCAACUUGAACUGUCAUGCAGGUGGAUGAAAGUUAAUGCCACCCCCUUGAAUGGGAUACGUUUGCUCCUCCCCCCCCCCCCCUGAAUGGAGUACUAGCUUGUUGCGACUCGUCAGAGCUGGAUCAGUAACAACUAAACUAGACUAAAGCCCGUUCUCCACUAGGCGAAUUUAUUCGCGCGAACAGAUAAAAAGUAGGAAGCGAUCCUACUUUUUCGCCGCGAAUUUUUUCGCCGACCAAUCACGUUGCCGGAUUUCGGUUUUCGCUUCGCGUCGCGCGAACAAAUUCGCGUAGUGGAGAACGGGCUUAACUUAACGACCAUUGCUUAUAUUGAUCCAGUAACUCUAGUUUACCGGAGAAAACAUGUGGUUUUUGGAUAACAGUAAAAGCACUCUUCUCACAUGCGACUGAGGAGAAAUUAUGACUAAAAACUGCAUAUAGUAAUUAAUCCUGAACUGUCUGUGCCAGUGUAGGUAGUGGCAAUAAUAUGAAUAAACUUUCGUUGGUAUAGGGAUGCAACUACCUGAAAAUAUAAGGAGCAGUUCGACGUUUCCAGCCAAGACCCUUCGUCUGGAGUUACUAUAGCGGGUGUCGGGAAAAUUACAUGAGCUUUUGUACUAAGAAUAUAAAAGCGAUUAAAAAUUCUUAGUAUGAAAGCUCAUGUAAUUUUCCCAACCCCCAAUAGUGACUCCAGACUUUAUGGUCCUUCGCUCGAAACGUCGAAAUUCUCCUUAUACUUUUUCAUGUAGUUGCAUUCCUAUCAACGAAAGCUUGUUCAGAUAGCAAUUUACCAAUUAAGACUGCCCACAUGUAACAGCACUUAUAACGGUUAAACGAGGAUGAGAGUUCACAGUCACGCAUUGUCACGGGGACAUUUCAAGCUCUAGAUUAUCAAAAUAAAGGUUUGAUUGAGUGUUCCAACUAUGUUUCAACUUCAAUAGAAUACAUGACAGUGUUGGGAAAGCAUCAAGAACAGCUAACCAAGAUCGCGUGACUGCCACUCUCAUCAGCACUCUCCUCGUUUGAUCCACCUGAUGUAAUAAUACGUAUUACCAUAUCUGAAAUUUAUUUUUUAUCGUUCCUAGCACCUUCAGAUUGGAAAUUCUCAGGUGAAACUACGUCAGAGUAUGAUAUCAUGGGAUACCUGGUGACUACCGGACCUCGCUUCUAUCAACUCUGUCCUGCUGAGCAUCGACAAUCAUGGUUUGAUGAAUUUCAACGCUCGAACUUUAAAUGUUUUACUUAA